CAAAAAGUAAACGAGCACAAUGACUAGAUUUACGGUACUGCCACUCUCUGUUCUUCUCGUUCUCUUGUUCCUCUGCACUCUGUCGUCCGCUAAGUCGGAAGAGUUGGAUGAGAACGACGUUGCCGUGCCGUCAUGUUGCGGGUUUUCGUCGCCUCUGUUGAUCAAGAAAGAUCAAUGGAAACCAAUCUUUACAUCGAAGUUCGGACAGAUCUCAACCGUUCAAAUCGGCGAUGGAUGCGGUGGAAUGGGUCCUUACACAAUACAUUCCAUAACUUUAGAGCCGAACAUGCUUUUGCUCCCUCUUCUUCUUCAUUCUGACAUGGUCUUCUUCGUUGACUCUGGAAGUGGGAUUCUGAAUUGGGUGGAGGAGGAAGCGACGAGUACCGAGAUAAGACGAGGGGACGUUUACAGGCUACGUCCCGGUUCUGUUUUCUAUUUACAGAGCAAACCGGUGGAUGUCUUCCUUGGAAUUAAACUUAGGCUUUACGCAAUCUUCUCGAACAACGACGAGUGUUUACAUGAUCCUUGCUUUGGUGCAUAUUCAAGUAUCACGGAUCUCUUGUUUGGUUUUGAUGAGAAAAUUCUCCAGUCAGCUUUUGGGGUUCCUGAGAAGAUUAUAGAGUUGAUGAGGAACCGGACAAAGCCACCGUUGAUUGUGAAUGAUAUACUUAGCUCGCCAUGUGUGACCAACGAAUGGCAGCUCCAACCACGAUUACUCAAAUUCUUUGCUGGAACCGUAAAUUCGAUGGAAAACAAGAAGAAGAAGGAAAAGGUCAAGAAAGCAAAGACAUUUAAUGUUUUUGAAUCCGAACCGGAUUUCGAAAGCCCCUAUGGUCGUACUAUAACGAUUAACAGGAAAGAUUUGAAAGUUUUAAAAGGCUCAAUGGUUGGAGUUUCAAUGGUGAAUCUAACUCAAGCAUCAAUGAUGGGACCGCACUGGAAUCCAUGGGCUUGUGAGAUUUCAAUUGUGUUGAAAGGAGCAGGAAUGGUUAGGGUGCUUAGGUCUUCGAUUUCAAGCUCAUCAUCUGAUCAGUGUAAGAACGUGAGGUUUAAAGUAGAGGAAGGAGAUGUUUUUGCGGUUCCACGGUUACAUCCAAUGGCUCAAAUGUCCUUCAACAAUGACUCGUUAGUGUUCAUUGGGUUUACAACUUCAGCUAAGAAAAACGAGCCACAGUUCUUAGCUGGGAAGAGCUCUGCUUUGCGGAUGCUUGACCGGCAAGUCUUGGCUGCAUCGCUUAAUGUGAGUAGUGUGACGAUAGAUGGAUUGUUGGAAGCUCAGAAGGAAGCGGUUGUGCUGGAAUGUCCUUCUUGUGCGGAAGAAGAGAAAGCGAAGCUUAAUGUGGAGAUGGAGGAGAAGAAGAUAGAUGAUGAGAGGAAGAGAAGACAUGAUGAGAGGAAGAAAGAAAAAGAAGAGGCGAAGAAGGAAGAGGAAGAAAGGAGGAGACAAGAAGAAGAAGAAGAGAGGAAGCGUUGGCCACCUCAUCAGCCUCAGCAACCACCACAACCAUUCCAACCGCAGCCGCAACCAUCCCAAGAAGAACCUCAGGAACCAAAGAUGGAAUGGGGAAUGUCAGGUGAUGAAGAGGAGAUGUAAGCCAAAGAAGUACAAGAGAACGCUGAGAGAAAAGGUUAACAGUCAAAGAGUGUUUUGUUUUUUUGUUAAUGGUUAUAAUUUUGGUUCGGAGUUCGGACAUCUCGUUGUUUUUUCCCCUCCCCCUGUUUAUUUGUUAAUCGUUUUGUAUUGUUUUUGUUGUUGCAAUGUUGAAGGUUGUAUAUUAAUAGUACUGUGUUCACUAGAUGGGGAAUGAGAAAUAAUUAAGAUUUCCCGGAUA